AUGCUUCAAAGGGAGAUGCAGGAAAAAAUGCAAUCAUUAAAUAAUCGAAUUACAGGACUUGAGGGUUCUUAUGUUCAAGCAUCUAAAUCAGUACAGUUAGACGAAUCAUUCGACGAGGAAGUCCAACAACAAAUUCAGGACCGACCAACAACUGCUCAGAAGCUGACAACAACUAAAAAAGUGUCAGCUUUCGGUCGUGUACUGCGAAAAGGGAAACAGUUGUCGAUGCGUCUUCCUCGGGGGACCAGCCGGAACGACAGCCCGUAUGCCCAAACCAUGGUGGACCCAAAUUGUAACACUAGGGCAAUGCAUAUUGAAGCUUUUAUGGGUAUACUUCGUAAAUCUUAUCCGGAUAGUAACUGGACUACUGUUUCCACCCAAUUUGUUGCACUUCUCCCUCAGUGUUACAGUGAGUUUAAACAAUUGGGUGCAAAUAUGGAGUGGCCUACAUUUUUUCUAGAUCAAAUCAAUGGAAUCUCGCUUUGGACAAAAGAAUUCUUUCGCCCAUGGAGUAGUGUUGACAAGGUAUUCUUUCCGAUCAACUUCGACAACCAACAUUGGGUGUGUGGCGUAUUGGAUAUAAAUGAAUGGAGGAUGUAUAUAUACGACUCUGCCCAAUAUACUGAAAGCAUAGAGAGGGUGAAGAAGUUAUUGAUGCCAUUUAAGACACUAACACACCUAAUGAAGGCGAGUAACUUCUAUAUAUCAAAGGGAAUUCCAUCACCAGAUCCUCUACCGACAUUACAAUAUAGGUGUAUUCGUGAUGUCCCAAAACAAGAUGUUGGAAGUGGAGACUGUGGCAUUUUUUUACUCAUGUUUAUGGAAUACCUUGCCCGAGAUCACCCAUUUAAUUUUACAUCAGCACAUUCCAAGAGGUUAAGAAAACGCGUGGCUACAACCAUAUUCCAAGGAAGGGCCCUCAGUUUCGAGGAUUUCUAAACAGGCAUGGAUGGACGGGCAUGCAUACGAAUUGGAUGUCAUUUUAUUAUUGCUUGAAAGAUGUAUUUUAUUAUUGAUUGAAAGGUGUAUUUUAUUAUU